GAAAGCCAUCUUGAUUGCGUGCUGGAAGUGAAACGUAAACAUAAAGAACCGUGUGUAUGAUAAGCCAUGCAGAAGCCGCGAUCGAACCCUCCAAGCAUCAAGAAAUAAAAUUCCAUGUAUCAUGCCUCCUACCCCGACUCCGUGGAGAAUUGAAUUCCAUCAUAAACACGGGCGAUUUAUAAAACURUCCAAGACUGACUCCAGAGCGACAAGAGAGGGCGAUACUUACGACCAUGGUGUUGUGUUUUCUCGAAGACCUUUGAAAAUCGGUGAGAUUUUUCAGCUUAAGAUUGAGCAGAUGGAAUUAAAAUGGGCUGGUUCAUUGAGACUGGGAGUGACCUUGAAAAACCCUAAUUGUCCACAUACUAAUGUGGUGCGUGCAGCAACAGACUUAUUCGUAGACGAUUGCAAGGAUUUCUGGAUUUUAUCUGGUUCUCGUAUACAUAAUGGAACAUUUGAAAAAGAAUAUGACUUUAACAUACAUUCAUUAAAAGAGAACGAUUGUUUAGGAGUUCAAGUAACACACGAUGGACAAUUAGUUUUUUAUGCCAAUGGUGUUAAUAAAGGAGUGGCUUUUACAGGACUUCCAGCAAAAAAAGACAUUUUUGCUAUAUUUGAUGUUUAUGGAAGGACAAAAGAAGUUACUUGGAAAUAUUAUGGAGCAGAAACUUUGGAUGAUCUUUGCAAAAGGGUCAUAUUGAGAAACAUUUCCAGCACUGAUGACCUGGAUAAGCUUCCACUUCCACUCCUUUUAAUAGAUUAUUUGAAGGAGAGUAUAUGACCCACAUUAGAUAAACUAUAUGGAAGUAAUACUAUAGGUAGCUUUUUGAAUUUCACUAUAUAAGCAGUUAAUAAUUAUAAGAAUUUCAUCUCUGUUAUCAUUUUUGGCUAGCAAAUGCUAAAUCAAUUGUAGCAUUUUGGUACUAACUCCAGAUGGGUCGAUCAGCAAGUAUUAUAAGUACAAUUAAAUUAGACUUCCUUGGCUUAAUUGGAUGCAAUGUUUUCACAUUUCAGAUCAGACCAUGUGUCAUUCCCUUGAGAAUGCAGAGCUUCUUUGCUUUACAGUGUAGUUGUAUUCACAUACAUUCAUGUGUCUUCUYAUGUGCAACUGAGCCCAACCAUUAAACAAAGAAAUGAUACCCUAGGGAAUUAAUGCAUGGUCUGAAAUAAGAAAAUGUUACGCUCAAGGCAAAGAAGGCUAUUAAGCCACAAAUACUAAAUGCACACUAGGUAAUAAAUAUAAUUAACCAUCCUUUAUGAAUAAAUUAAAGACGCUGAUUUAUAAUUUUUGUAGUACCUAUUGGGAUAUUAUGCAUCUUCACAUUGCAGUAUUUAUCGAUAAGUGCAUUUGCUUUUGACCUUUGGGGUCUCAACAUCAGAUUUGAGUAAAUUAUGUUGUUAUUUAUAGUCUUAUCCCGUUGAUUAUUUGAGGUUUUUACUUUGGGUUCUCCAUCUGUUUUACUCCCUAGUAGAGCUGCAAAACCUAAGCUAAACCCUCAGGGGUAGGGAAAGGAAUGAGGGUCCAACGUCUGGACUAGUCGUUGUUGGGCAAGGCAAUAGAGAAUUUGCAUCGAUCAUCAGGUGAUGGCAGCCAUGACAGGACCAAGCAGGAACAAUUGAAUCUGUUUUUAUCUGAUUUACAUGAAAAAAAGAUUUCAAUUUCCCCAGGGGAAAAGUACUCUAUAUAUUGUACAUGUUACUGCCUCCUGUCAUGCCUGCCAUCACGUGAUGGUGCAGACCCUAUAAAAAAUAUUUUUGUUAUAAAUGUAAUGGGUUUUAAGUAUCGCAUCUGUGUAACAACUUGAAAAAAAACUUACGUGAUUCAAUGUCUGGGAUGUAGGAUUUUAUUUUCUGAUUUUCAGGCAUAUCAAGUUUUACUCUAUAUGUUAGUGUCCAAGUUUGAGUAGGGAAAGCUCACUCCAUAUAUGGUAUGAUCAAUUCCAUAUUUGGAUUGUGCGGAAAUACGACACUCAAUGUUUGAUAUGGAAAAACGUGAAAACAUUAAUCAAUAGAAUAGAUAUUCACCUUUGAA